UGAGCCGCUAAAUCAAUUGACUCUUGAGAAAUAUUAUGAUCUUUUUUCUCGGAAUCUUUUGAACCAGAUUGUUUCUCACUCAAAUUUAGGUGUGACAAUUUUCCAGAAGCCUGUUCAUUUAUUUGUGAAUCUUGUGUUUCUGAAUCUAAAGAAUUAUUAAGUUUAUGUGAUUGUUGGUCCUGUUGAGACUGUUGAGAUUGUUGAUGCUGUAAAGGCAUUUCAGACUUCACGACUUCAACAACCGAUUUUUGCGAUGAUUGCAUACCCAAUUGUGGAUUUUCGCUAACAAAAGUUAAUGUUUGUGUCUGUUGUGGUGCAUUAUUAUUAUUUAAAAGAUUUGCAUCUACUACUACUGUGUUAUGUUCACCACCUACAUUAAUUAAAUGUAUUGGAGUAACAUUUGGAACCACAAUACUAGUGGGAUUAAUAGUCGUGGGAUUAAUACUUGUGGAAUUAAUGUUUGUGGGAUUAAUGCUUAUGGGACUAUUAGUAGUAUUCCAAUUAGGGGCAACGGAUGGAACAAUUGGAGUAAUUGGAGCUAUUGAAGUCAUUGAAGUCAUUGAAGUCAUUGAAGCCAUUG